GACGGGUCGCUCCGGCUCUCCGGGGAGAGGAGCUUCCCGGCUCUGGAGAAGGGGCGAACCCUUUGAGAGCCCCCGGGAAGCGCCGCGCGCUGGAGAGGGACGAUCGGGCUACCCCGGCUCGCGGAGGGCUCGGCUCCGGGCUCCCCUCCUUUCCACCUCGCGGGGGAGGGGGCGAGGGAAGGAGGGGAGGGGAAGGUCCCCCGGAGGAGGCAGAAUGACCAGUCGAGGGGGGCUUGGGCGCUGCUUUUCCCAGGAGCUGCCUCCACUCCUGCGGCUGCCGCGAGGGCUGGCUUGAGCUGGGGCUCCAGGCUCUCCCGCUGCGAGCCAGCGCGGCCCCCCGGGGCCCCGGCAGCGGCGCCGGCAUGACGUCCGGCACCAUGAAGUUCAAUGGUUACUUGAGGGUCCGAAUUGGCGAGGCUGUGGGGCUGCAGCCCACCCGCUGGUCCCUGCGCCACUCGCUCUUCAAGAAGGGCUACCAGCUGUUGGACCCCUACCUGACGGUGAGCGUGGACCAGGUGCGCGUGGGCCAGACCAGCACCAAACAGAAGACCAACAAACCCACGUACAAUGAGGAGUUCUGCACCAACGUUACCGACGGUGGCCACCUCGAACUGGCCGUCUUCCACGAGACGCCCCUGGGCUAUGACCACUUCGUGGCCAACUGCACCCUGCAAUUCCAGGAGCUGCUGCGCACGGCCGGCGCCUCGGACACAUUCGAGGGCUGGGUGGAUCUGGAGCCAGAAGGGAAGGUGUUUGUGGUAAUAACCCUAACGGGGAGCUUCACUGAAGCCACUCUGCAGAGAGACCGAAUCUUCAAACAUUUCACCAGGAAGCGCCAAAGGGCUAUGCGAAGGCGAGUCCACCAGAUCAAUGGACACAAGUUCAUGGCCACGUACCUGAGACAGCCCACCUACUGCUCUCACUGCAGGGAGUUUAUCUGGGGAGUAUUUGGGAAACAAGGUUAUCAAUGUCAAGUGUGCACCUGUGUCGUCCAUAAACGCUGCCAUCAUCUAAUUGUUACAGCCUGCACUUGCCAGAACAACAUUAACAAAAUGGAUUCAAAGAUUGCUGAACAGAGGUUCGGAAUCAACAUCCCGCACAAGUUCAGCAUCCACAACUACAAAGUGCCAACCUUCUGCGAUCACUGCGGCUCGCUGCUCUGGGGGAUCAUGCGACAAGGACUGCAGUGUAAAAUCUGUAAGAUGAAUGUCCACAUCCGAUGCCAGGCGAAUGUGGCCCCGAACUGCGGGGUCAACGCGGUGGAGCUUGCCAAGACCCUGGCCGGGAUGGGCCUCCAGCCCGGAAAUAUUUCUCCAACCUCGAAGCUCGUUUCCAGGUCAACUCUAAGACGACAGGGCAGGGAAAACACCAAAGAAGGAAAUGGAAUCGGGGUUAAUUCUUCCAGCCGACUUGGUAUCGACAACUUUGAGUUCAUCCGCGUGUUGGGGAAGGGGAGUUUCGGGAAGGUGAUGCUUGCAAGAAUAAAAGAAACAGGAGACCUCUAUGCUGUGAAGGUGCUGAAGAAGGAUGUGAUCUUGCAGGAUGACGACGUGGAAUGCACAAUGACGGAAAAAAGGAUCCUGUCCUUGGCUCGCAAUCACCCCUUCCUCACACAGUUGUUCUGCUGCUUUCAAACCCCUGAUCGUCUGUUUUUCGUGAUGGAAUUUGUGAAUGGGGGUGACUUGAUGUUUCACAUUCAGAAGUCUCGUCGUUUUGAUGAAGCACGAGCUCGUUUCUAUGCAGCAGAAAUCAUUUCGGCGCUCAUGUUCCUACACGAGAAAGGAAUCAUCUAUCGAGAUCUGAAACUGGACAACGUGCUGUUGGACCAUGAGGGCCACUGUAAGCUGGCGGACUUCGGAAUGUGCAAAGAGGGCAUCUGUAAUGGAGUCACCACGGCGACCUUCUGUGGCACGCCCGACUAUAUUGCUCCAGAGAUCCUCCAGGAAAUGCUCUAUGGACCCGCAGUAGAUUGGUGGGCGAUGGGCGUGUUGCUCUACGAGAUGCUCUGUGGUCACGCACCCUUCGAGGCGGAGAACGAAGAUGACCUCUUUGAGGCCAUCCUGAAUGAUGAAGUGGUCUACCCUACAUGGCUCCAUGAAGAUGCCACAGGGAUCCUGAAAUCUUUCAUGACCAAGAACCCCACCAUGCGCCUGGGCAGCCUUACGCAGGGCGGAGAGCAUGCCAUCUUGAGACAUCCUUUCUUUAAGGAAAUCGACUGGGCCCAGCUAAACCAUCGCCAAGUAGAACCACCUUUCAGACCCAGAAUCAAAUCCCGAGAAGAUGUCAGUAAUUUCGACCCUGACUUCAUUAAGGAAGAGCCAGUUUUAACCCCAAUUGAUGAGGGACAUCUUCCUAUGAUUAACCAGGAUGAAUUUAGAAACUUUUCCUUUGUGUCUCCAGAAUUGCAACCUUAGCCUUAUGGGGAAUGAAAGGCAUGAUAAAGAAUCACAAGCAGAUCCAGACUUUCCAGGAAUUUCCUUUGUGGGGCAUUCCCCAGUAUCAGCCUUAGAACAAGAACCUUACCUUCAGAGCGCAGG